AAAAAGUGCAAAGGUAAAUGAUAAUAUUUCAAAUGAAACUAGUGAAGAAUUAAAUAUUAUCAUAAAUAAUGAUGAAGUUCUUAGUGAAAAGGAAUUAGUUGAAGAAAAAGAAAAUAAUAGACAUG